AUAAAGUAUAGAAUCAAAAAUUGAUAAAAUGAUUUAUUCACAAUAGUUCUUUUAAUUAUACAAGCGUUUUUCAGUAGCGAUCUGUUUGUUUUGUGGACAUUUUAAGAUGUGGAAUAUAUAGAGCAAACAUGAGUGUGUCUAAAUCAGUUGUAGAAGAAAUUGAGGAAAAGUUAAGUAAAGAAGCAGGAAUAUUUAAGAAAUUGAUUUGUCUGUACAAAGCGAAAGAAAAUAAGGCAAACGUAGAUGAGUUUCAUAGAAAAUGCGAUGCAAAAGGCCCUACAGUCACAAUCUUGUAUGGCGCUUACAAUACAACUUUUGGCGGCUAUACUUCUAAAGAUUGGAGUUCACCUGCGAAUAAACGGACAAUACAAGACGAUAAGGCUUUCCUUUUUACAAAGAAUGACAGCGCAGAUGCAAAAUGUGUCAUUUUUCCAAUUAAGAGAGACAAGAAGGAUGUAGCGAUAACAUGCUAUGCAAAAUACGGUCCUACAUUUGGAGGAGGAACGUUUUUAGAUUACGAUCUUCUGACAUUUAAAAAGAAGACUGCCUCAGAGGUUACAGGUGAUAAUCUAUACUUGAAUGGUUCGAUGCAUAUAAACAACGCCUAUGCGAGCCGUGCAAAAGAUUCUUCUCUACCAAAAACAAAAACUGUUAAUAUUAAUUCUGGGAAGAUGAUUGUGAAAGAGCUAGAAGUUUUCCAAGUAACAGAUGAUAGAACUAAAGGAAAUUGGUUAGAAAGAACGAAGAAAGACGAUGUUGUCAAGAAGAAAAAUGCGCUUAUAUCAAUGGAAACAUUACCCGGGUUGGAUAUAGAUCAUUACAAUAUUUUGUUCGUAGGCGCUAUAGCAUCUGGGAAAUCUAGUUUUAUCAAUACUUUAUCAGCAGUGUUUACUGGACAGUUUGUCCCGAUUGCUCAAGCCGGACAAUCACCAGAGAGCUACACAAGGAAGGUAACGAAAUUUAUCAUACAAUCACAGACGAAUAAAAGAUUGAAUUUAUUCAUUUAUGACAUGCCUGGAUUUGAGCACGAAAGAGGUCUUGAAGAAGAGCUUAAACUUCUAUUAGAAGGAAGAUUACCUGAAGACUAUCAAUUUCAAGGCAAGGCGAAGCUUAACAAAAUAACGCUAAAGACGAAUGCAACAUUGAAUGACCGAAUUCACGCAGUGUGUAUGAUAGUAGCAGGGGAUAUGCGUUUUGAAGAUUUCUCUAAAGAACAGUUAAAACACAUUAGUGACAUACGAAAAACAAUUGCAGAGUCGGGUUUGCCAAUGGUUGUUGUUGCAACUAAGUUUGACAAGCUAUGCCCAAAUAUAUUGAAAGAUUUUGAACAUUUAUUUCAAUGCCCGGCAGCUAAAGAAACAGUUACACACAUUGCUAAAUUCUUCGGGAUUCCUGAGAAGGAUGUGUUUCCAAUUAUGAACUAUCUCGAAGACAAACGGAAAAAUGAUGUGAAAGAACUUUUAGCUGUGAAUGCAUUUCAUUGGAUAUUUGAAAUCGUUGAAAGCUACCUUCGGCACCAUAAAGAUUUGAUGGUUGCACCUGACGACUGGUCUGAGCGAGAAACACUUUUACCAAAAUUGAAAAAUGAAGAUGACAAAAGGAAGGUAAUUAAAUCAAUAUAUGAGAGUACUUUAGCAUUGGAAAACAAGACAUUAAGGAUUCUAGUGGUUGGACCUACAGGAUCCGGAAAAUCAAGCUUCAUUGACUCAAUAGCAUCUGCCCUUUGUAAUGAAAUUACUUUCAAGGCAGUGGGAAACGGGUCAGCAUGUGCAAUGUCGGACAAUGCUACAUCAACAACGCAGAAGUUUAAAUUGCAUGAUAUCGAAUACUUAGACGAUUGUUAUAGAAGAAAGAGCAUAGUAUGUAUUGGGGAUACCCCUGGCUUUCAGGAAGUGGAUGGUAUAACAGAAGAUAAUGUCAAGCUCAUUAUUGAGGGGAACGUGCCGGAUAAAUAUAAUAUCAUAAAUGGUAUUCAAAAAACGCAAAGGGAAUUCAUAAAAGAACCACCACCUUGUGACAAAAUACAUUGCGUAUGUUUUGUUUUUGACUGCAUGAGUGUUCAAAAGGGUCUGUCAGAAAAAAUGACUACUGUCAUCACAAAUUUGCAUCAAUUCAUCAAUUCUAAAGAGUAUCCGCUAGUUGUGGUCUUGACAAAGUGCGAUGAAGUAAGCGCAAUUUUACGGACAGGAAAACGUCGUGUAUUUACAGACAAGGCAGUGAAGAAAUGCAAACAGGAAAUUUUGGAACGCUUUGGAUUUAAACAACAACUCCUCUUUCCGGUUGUCAAUUACGUUAAUGACAAUAAUGUUGAUCUUCAGGCCGAUGCUCUUCUUCUGGCUGUAUUCAUGGAGAUGAUUAAACUGGGGAAAGGAAGAUUGGAAAAGCUGGAAGAAAGCGCUAGAUUUCAAAGUUAUUAAGCUCUAUUAGCAGGAAUUGUUUUAUUAUUCGAAAUACUCAAUAUUUUAAAUAUUUCAUUAUUUGAUAUAUAGUAAAAAUAUGUGAAUGUAGCAGCAUAUAUAAAGCAUUGAAGUGAUCCGAAUACUAAUAUGCGUCUUUUAGAUAGUUGUAUAAAUUCGGAAACGGUAACUAAAAAAUACAAUCCGCUAAAGUUUGAUAUUCCCUUACAUCAAAAACAGAAGUUACAGUUCAAGCAAACGUCUUGAUUAAUCUGAUCACCCCUCAAACACAUGUUUUCUAAAUUCAAGGCAAAAAAUGUUUCACCCAUUUAAGAAAAACAAUAAGAAAUAUGCAUACACUGAACUGCACUGAAAGUAUUUGUGUAAUGAACAUAUUUAUGACAAUAAACAACAUGUUAAAUCUGUAUUUUAGUGCAUCGGGUAUCCAGUGAUACAGUUGGAGAUACAGCAGAAACGUUAGCAUACCAACGUCGGAGUCUGAGGACCAGUUACAAAGCUGAAGAUGCAACCGGAAUAUACAAACCUCGUGAUAACGAUGAAGAGUUAGAUCCAUUUCUCAGUUCGGGGAAAGUAAAAAACAUUAAAAAAUUAAUUGAAUCAGGGAGGCUGCCAAGACAAAGAAUUCUUGAUGAAAUGUGUCAGAUAUUUGGGAGGGAUUCCAAACCGAUUAGAGUCACGUGCAAGGCAAUUUGUGAACAUAUCAAAUCAAAACAUGUCGCUAUUGUAUAUGUUUGGGCUGCAUAUACAAUUCAAAACCCGCAAAGGAUAACUUUUGUAAUAACUGUGAAGCACAAAUCAGAAGAUGACAAAAGUACAAAACCUGUACGUUUAGAUAAAUUAAUUGCAUAUUCUUUCGUCAAACAAUAUGUCGGUGAUUUUAGUUUAGAAGGUCUCGAGGUAAUUAAACAACACACCUCAGCUUCAGAAUUAGAUGAAGAGUCCUAUCAAAGCCUUCAGAGCUGCAUUUCAAAACACUCUGAAGAUUUGAUGAAAAACCACAAGUACUUGUCAAUAAUAUCUGCAUGCUCAAAUCGGUCAAAAGGAUUUGGUUCUUCAUGGAAUUUGCUGCCAGAAAAAUGUAUUGUCCUUUACGUCCAGAAAAAGAAUUACAUUCCAAUCGAUGAAGAACCAUUUGAAAAGUGUUAUGGCGACAUUGCUGUCGAUGUAAGAGAGGGGGCUUUUAUUCCCUUUGGACGUACAGCUGGAGAAGAACUUGAUCCUGUUACGAUGGGUUGUCAAAUACGAGGAGAUCUUUAUAAUGGUCAAUAUGUCGCAGGUACCCUUGGCUGUUUUGUAGACCAUCCUCAAUUUGGAGUUUGUGGAUUAACAUGUGCACAUGUUCUUUUAAGUCCGUGGGAACUGGUGCAAUUGAAAACAACCUAUAGCGGUUCCUUGAAGUGGCCAUUGCACGAUAUGUACAAAAACAUUUAUCAGCCUGCAAAUCAGAAUUCAUCAAUAGGACACACCGUUCACUUUAUCUACGAUGAAGGUUCUAGUACAAAAUCUGGAAUGGAACUUGCUUUGUUCAAAAUAACAGACAGGCAACCAAAGUCUGCAAUUUUUCCAGAUACGACAGAUAUUUCGGCAUCAAGCGUAAAUAACAUCAAGUACGACAAUUGGCGCAUAUGUAGCACAGACAGGCUGAAUAAGAAGGAAAAUCUCGUGAUAAAAUUUGGAUCCAAAACCGAGUUCCGUUAUGGAACUAUUAUGUUUGACAAUACCGCAGUUAAAGUCCUGGAUAGCUGUCUGCUUGCUUCAGGAUAUGCAGUAAUAAAACUUUUUAAGCAAAUUGAAGUAACAAAACACACACACCUUGCUUUUGCUGACCCUGGCGAUUCAGGGGCCCUUGUGUUUCUUGCUGAAAACAAUUCUCAGUAUAGUUGUUUAGGGAUUUUAGAAGGAGGUACAACAUACGGAACAGUAGUCGUCACUCCAAUAGUUCCCAUUUUGGAAGAAUUGAAAGUACAUUGUUUGAAAAGUUUUGAAUCAGAAACAAAUUUUUCUCAUAUGAAUAACCAGAUUCAAAGCAUGCAUGGGGAUAUGCAAAACAUAAAACGUGAUUUACAGUCUGUUCGCCAGGACAUAAGAAACAACAUUGAUAAUACUCGCCAGAUAAUCGCACAAUCUCUUCCUAAUAAUCAACAAUAGCGAUGUUACAAUUUAAACAGUUUCUCGUUUAAAAGUUCUGCAAGUAUAUAUUUCAUAUUAUUUCCUUUUAUAUACGCCAGGAAUAUAUUAUCCUAUAUAUCGUUCUUGUACCAGGAGAAGUUAAUACUGAACAUAAUUAUAUAUUAUACUUUCUAAGCUUUAAUUGUAAAACUAAAGAACUAU